GGUACGGCGAUUCUACGCGUUUAAAAACAAAACAACAAAAAACCCCCAAACAAAACCAGCCGGUAUUUUUUGGGGAUGCUUAUGUGGAGGACUUUCUUCGAGUACAUCGAGAGAAGACCUGCGCUAAAUUUAUGGCACGGGGCUUUAAGGAGGCUAAUUCUCGUGUGUGCUCGUUUGUGUGUGGUGUUAAUGCAAAGAUUAAUAAAAUACCAGUAUGCAGUGCUUAAAGACCCAAGAAGGAUUGUUAAAGCACAAAGGUACUGGAGUACGAACACCCAAGUUGACGUGAUGUGUUUCUGAUUGCUGUGCUGCCAUCCUCCAGUCCUUCUUGUUGCAUUUGUACUUUGCUGCUGAAGUCCCUGCAGAGAUGUAGGGUAUGGGUUUUUGCCUACACAGGGCAGUUGGUGUUAAGGGACAUCUAUCUGCCUUAAUUUUGUAUUUACGUGCACCUGCAAGAUCUGGAUAGGAGUAAAAGCUUUGCGGGUUUCCCCGUUAGAAAUCACUUGAUUAGGCUCCUGCUUUCUUACCUGUGAUACUGUAGUCUUCUUACUCUUAUCUAAAAUUUCUUGUUUAAGCCAUUUAUUAUUCUAGAAAUGCAGUGGAAACUGUAGACGUUCAGUAUCACAGCUGUAAGUGACAAAUGCUGGCUUAAACACUAACUGUUAGCUAGUGAUGCUUACCGGUGUCACUAAAAAAAUAAAAUCAGUCUGCUAUAGAACGAAGGUAUUUGCCCUGAGUGCAAGUAGUUGGAAUUGUACCGAUGCUAGUGAUGAGAUACGCAAGUGCCAAAUGCAACUUCUUUUCCUUUAUGAAAACAAAAAUAGAAAAGAAACUUGGUAGUAAAUGGUAGUCAAAGUUACUGUUUUUCAGGUAGUGGGCAAGAUAACAUCAGCUAGAGUGUACUUAAGGUUAAGAAUGAUAGACAUAGUCAUGUUGUAAUUGUAAACGUGAGUGGUGUUACUUGACAGUAAUUUGCUAAGUGUCAUAUACAAAGAAAUACCUCUAUUUUACUACUGAGAAGUACUUCAGAGAAAUUCAGAUCCUGUUAUAACUUCAGAGUUGUAGCACUUUAUAGCAGCUCUUUGUCAGUGCAUGAAGACUGGAUAUGUUUGGGUUCUGGAGACAGUUUGGGUCUUGUACAGCACCCAUGAAAUACCUUCUAAAUUUCCUGUUCAGCCUUUGUAUUUAAAGUAUGAAUUAAGUCUUUCUCUAUUUGUAUGUUUAUGUUUUUUUUUUUAAUUAGCUGCUCUGUCAAAAUACAAAUAAAGUGGGUACAUGUCAAAACAAAUGAUGUAACAGUUACAUUAAAGUGUGAUCUAUUUUGUAGCCUUAAAUUGGAAUGUGAGAAACUGGCAAGCGAAAAGACAGAAAUGCAGAGGCACUAUGUGAUGUAUUAUGAAAUGUCAUAUGGAUUAAACAUUGAAAUGCACAAACAGACAGAAAUCGCCAAGAGAUUGAAUACAAUUUGUGCACAAGUCAUCCCAUUUUUGUCUCAGGAACAUCAGCAGCAAGUGGCCCAAGCUGUAGAACGUGCCAAACAAGUGACCAUGGCUGAACUGAAUGCCAUCAUCGGGGUACGUGGCCUUCCAGGUCUACCUCCUACACAGCAGCAGUUGCAGGCUCAACAUCUCUCCCAUGGCCAUGGACCUCCAGUGCCUCUAACACCACAUCCAUCAGGACUUCAGCCUCCAGGAAUCCCUCCACUCGGAAGCAGUGCUGGCCUUCUUGCCCUUUCUAGUGCUUUGGGUGGGCAGUCUCACUUGGCAAUAAAAGAUGACAAGAAGCACCACGAUGCAGAACACCACAGAGACAGAGAGCCAGGCACAAGUAAUUCUCUGUUGGUCCCGGACAGUCUGAGAAGCACAGAUAAACGCAGGAAUGGCCCUGAAUAUACCAAUGACAUCAAAAAGAGAAAGGUGGAUGAUAAAGAUUCCAGCCAUUAUGACAGUGAUGGGGACAAGAGUGACGAUAACUUGGUUGUAGAUGUAUCCAAUGAGGAUCCUUCUUCCCCAAGGGCAAGUCCCACUCAUUCACCACGUGAAAACGGUAUAGAUAAAACCCGCCUGCUGAAGAAAGAUGCUUCUAGCAGCCCAGCAUCUACGGCCUCUUCAGGAAGUUCCACUUCUCUCAAAUCCAAAGAAAUGAGUCUGCAUGAAAAAGCCAGCACGCCUGUUCUGAAAUCCAGCACACCAACUCCUCGAAGUGAUGUGCCAACCCCAGGCACUAGUGCAACUCCAGGACUUCGUCCAGGCCUUGGCAAACCUCCAACAAUGGACCCUCUGGUUAACCAAGCUGCUGCAGGUUUGCGGACACCAUUGGCAGUACCAGGACCGUACCCUGCUCCAUUUGGAAUGGUACCUCAUGCUGGCAUGAAUGGAGAGUUAACCAGUCCAGGGGCAGCCUAUGCCAGUCUGCACAAUAUGUCACCCCAGAUGAGUGCUGCUGCUGCUGCAGCUGCUGUGGUUGCCUAUGGAAGAUCUCCUAUGGUUGGGUUUGAUCCUCCUCCUCAUAUGAGAGUACCUGGAAUCCCUCCAAAUCUAGCAGGGAUUCCUGGGGGAAAACCAGCCUACUCCUUUCACGUUACUGCAGAUGGUCAGAUGCAGCCAGUUCCUUUCCCUCCUGAUGCCCUCAUCGGUCCAGGAAUCCCUCGCCAUGCCCGUCAGAUCAACACGCUGAACCACGGGGAAGUUGUGUGUGCAGUUACCAUCAGCAACCCCACAAGACAUGUGUACACGGGUGGGAAAGGGUGUGUCAAAGUCUGGGACAUCAGCCAGCCUGGCAACAAGAGCCCUGUCUCUCAGCUGGACUGCCUGAACAGAGAUAACUACAUCCGCUCUUGUAAAUUGCUGCCUGAUGGAUGCACCCUAAUAGUUGGCGGAGAAGCCAGCACAUUAUCCAUAUGGGACUUGGCAGCACCAACUCCUCGUAUAAAAGCAGAGCUGACAUCUUCAGCCCCUGCCUGUUAUGCUCUGGCUAUCAGUCCUGAUUCCAAGGUGUGCUUUUCCUGCUGCAGUGAUGGGAACAUCGCAGUGUGGGAUCUGCACAAUCAGACGUUGGUCAGGCAAUUCCAGGGCCACACAGACGGAGCCAGCUGUAUUGACAUUUCUAAUGAUGGUACCAAGCUCUGGACAGGAGGUUUGGAUAACACUGUCAGAUCCUGGGACUUGAGAGAGGGAAGACAGCUACAGCAGCAUGACUUCACAUCACAGAUAUUUUCCCUUGGUUAUUGUCCUACUGGUGAAUGGCUAGCUGUGGGAAUGGAGAGCAGCAACGUAGAAGUGCUACAUGUAAAUAAACCAGACAAAUAUCAGCUGCACCUUCAUGAGAGUUGUGUAUUGUCACUCAAGUUUGCUUACUGUGGUAAAUGGUUUGUGAGUACUGGGAAAGAUAAUCUUCUCAAUGCAUGGAGAACUCCCUAUGGAGCCAGUAUCUUCCAGUCCAAAGAAUCUUCAUCAGUGCUUAGCUGUGACAUCUCUGUGGAUGAUAAGUACAUAGUCACUGGCUCUGGAGACAAAAAGGCUACAGUCUAUGAAGUUAUCUACUGAAAAAUAUGAUGGGGAUAUAACUUUUAGAAGUUGAACUGGGCCAAAAUUGUUCUUAAUGGUAGAAGUAGAAAGAUUUUGCCUUUUAAAAAGGAACAAAAGUAUUGAGGUUCCAGACCUUGCCAUGAAACUACUCCGAUUUUUCAAAAUAGAAGGCAACAUCCAGCAACUAAAUGUUGGCUACAUGGACCAAACGGAACACAGAGGCAAGAUGGACAGAUGUAGCCUAGGUUUUUGGAAUGGUUUUUAAAAGCCAAGUCUACUGAGGAAUGUUGGAGCCUUUUAUUUUUUCUUUCUUUGUGACCUCAUGCAAAUUGUUCUCAUUGCCUGAAUAUGGGGGAUAAAUAACUUUCUGUUCCUUGCAGUUCAAGUUGCAUUCUGUCCUGUGUAGAGCAGUGCUGUCUCAGAUGAACUUGUUUCCUGGUUUUGCAUCUUGUGAUAUGUUUUUGUAUUUUUUGUUGAAGGUCAAAUAUUUGUAUAAAUUGUAAAUAUAUUUAGUUUAUUACAGUAAAGGCUUUAGUACCAACAACCAAUCUUCCCCCCUGCCCCCUCCCUGCCCACCCUGCUUAUUUAAAAUUAAAAAUCUUUUGGGGAUAUAAGUACCUUUUUAGAAGCAAAAGCAAACACUAUGUAUAGUUUGAAAAUGGUGUAUUAUUCUUUAUAACUCUUCCUAGAUUCCUUUAUCAUACUUCAAAGUAGUUGUUUUGCAAUAUUAGGGUAUCAAGUCCAGUAGAUACUGUCUUGUGCUACAGAAAACUUAAAAGGCAAUUUUGUACUAAUUAUAGUGUAAAUAUAAAAAUGGAACAUUUCAUAAAGUUGUGCAGUUUAUUUUAAGUUUAUUCUGAUGUCCCAUAUAUAUGUUCUUUGGCAGAUACAGUAAUAUGUGCCUGAUCCUAGCUCAUUUGGUCAUUUCUCUAGAAAAGGUGACUUCCCUCUCCUUUCUCCCCCAGCUGAACAGAAUUCAUGUGAGACUACAUUUCAACUAAGUACAUCAGAGCCUUUAUUCAUUAACUGAGGAUGUCUGUGAUUAAACAAAGCUAUAUAAGUUUCAUCCUAUGUUACAGAGAAGUGGUAGUUAAUGACCAUUUCUUUUUUAAUGUCUUGUCUAUACUUAGAUACUCAGGUAAAUUUAAUUAAAUUACCAAAAGUGUGAGCUUUACAGGGGAUCACUUAAACAAUGUUAAAUACUUGCAGGGCUCCAAGUGAAGUGAAUUAACCUAAACUAAGUUAAACUCACUUCUUAAUUUCUUGUGAGAAUAUUGACAAAGGAGUAGUUUGAUUUUUAACUAAUCCACUGUACAAAUUAAUUAGAAUUAAUUUUCCUGAGUGUCCCAUAUUAAACAGGCCUAUAGGCUCUAUGUAUUCAUCCUGAACAAUCUGAGUCCUUUCCACUGUCACAUUAGUUUGUGAUAUCUGUGAAGAGCCUUGCUAAGCAGCCAGUUACCAAAGCUACGCAUCUUCAGAUCAGGUUUUCUUGGUGUACUCAAAAGAAACGGAUGAGGAGAGAACAUGUACAUUUUAUUCUAACUUUUUUCAGAUUAAUGAGUUCUACAACCGUGUGCUAGACAGACCUAGCUAUUGCACCAGUGAGGCCCAUAUAUUUCCUACAUUCUGUAAUUUAAUUAUAAUUCCUGUUCUUAAUGGAGAGGACAGAUGAACAGGAGAUUAUCUUUGAACAAAUAAUUCAGAUUACACAAGCUGGCAAACAGAUUGAGAUUCAUUUGUGAAGAGCUGCUUUCUCAUUUUGCUAGCAUUUAACAAUGACCUGUACCCCUGCUCUUUCAAAGACAUGUAACAAGGAAGAUAUAUGUUUGACUGACAGACUGGAUAGGGAAUUUCUCAUCUGGGGGCAAAUUUUCUCUCAACUUCCAGUCUGAAGAGACAUCAGUUUUCCUUUCAAUUUAUAUGACCAUUCUAUAGCAUCUAGAAUUAUAAUAGCCUUAAUACAAUAUUAAACAUUCAGGAUAAUCUGGUCUCCUGGACAUGUAAAAUUAGUGUUCUAUCCAUAUGUAUCUAUAUCUGUCCAUUGCUGUGUUGUGAAUAACCAUCUGUAUGAAAAUGACAGACUGACUUAGGUGGUGGUCAUGAUCCUUUCACACAUAGGGAGGCAAAAAGCAGAAUCCUCAGACUUUUCAAAUAAGUAAUUGUACUUGCUACAUUGAAAUCCUGUGAAGUGCUGUGCUAUUUUAAAAAGGGAAAGCUUAAAAAAAAAUAAUGUACUAGGUUACUUACUUUUACGCUACCCUGUUCUCAUAUUGAAGUUUUCUGAACAUCUGACUCUGCCGAUGAUCAUUGACUUUGCUUAGCAGCACUGGCAAAUUUGCUGCAGUUAGGAACAUUCGGAUUUCUUCCACACUACUAUCACCUUGCAUUUACUUUAUAGGUGUUCUCUUGCCUUUCUUAAAAGUUGAUAUCAGAGGAACCAAGAAUAAAAGUAUUCUAACACAUUCAUGUAACACACAUGUAAUAUAUCAGCUAUAAGUUAUGACAGAGUAGUUGUUAAUAAGACCACAUUCUUGGCAAUCAGGAGGUUCAAAACUAUACUGUCAGGAAAAUCAUUAAAUACAUUGUCUUUCUUGUUAGCUUCUAGAAUGCACAGUGAGUCAGAGAAGUUGUGGAAUUGGAAACUAUGUAUGUGAAUGACUUUAAUCAUAUUUGUAACAUAUAUUUCUUGGCUAUAAUUAGGUAAUUACUUAUUUUUUUCUCCAGUCAGGUCUACUUUAAGCUUUGGGUCUGAAAACUUGGGGAUGCAUCAUACAAUAGUCCUCUAAAUUUUUGGUUUGGGUUUCACUUACAGUUUAUGAAACUUUGUUUUCAUUUGUCAACCAGUAGAGCCUAUUCCAUCAGCAGAUGUAAUUUUUAAUGUAAAGAUACAUUUGAUGAAAUCUUAGAAUGUCUGUCUAUGCUGUUACCUAUACGAUUUAAAACUUGUAGGUCUUAAAACUUCUGUAAGAUCUUGCAGCCCUCUGUAAAGUAGUGGGUGGAAAUAAUUGCAUAUUGGAUGAAGAAACAGGCCAACCCAGACCAGCAGUGACAGAAAAGGCACUGGGAAAAGCACAUGGAAAAAAGAGGUACACCCUGGUAACUGUGGUGUAGGUAAUUAAUAUUUUUUUUGGGUCAAUUUUAAUUACAAUCCUAAAAGAUUCUUUUAGUUAGCCCCUUUCUGGGACAGUCUUUUUUUGCUGGGUGGCCCUCAGUAUUCAGAGAUCUCUGAAUGCCACUCUGGCAAAUGCUAGUGCCAGAUAGAAGCAGGGAGUCCUUACGAAAUGACAUACUGGAUGUCAGUGCAAAAAAUAACCGAUGAAGAGGAGAUCUGUGGUAAUAUCAAUUCAACUGAAUAAAAUCCUUUGCCAGAUCUAAUGUGUGUAUUUUGAAUAUGUGCACUAGGCAUAACGUUUUAUAAAUCAGUUGUGCAUAAAAUCAUGAUGAUAUUCCAUGCAAUGCAUUUGUCAGUGUGUCAGGGUACUUCUUUUUGAUUAUAGUUGCAAGCAAAGGUAGUUUCCCACAUCAACCCACAAGCUCCUGGUCCUUGAGAGAAUUUUCAUCUCCAUUAAUUCUUUUAAACUUGUUUAGCAUUUCAAAAGCUUUUGUUCCUUUAAUGUGAAGAGGGAUGAAUAUGAAGUUCAUAGACUGUUAAAAUAGUAGUCUUAUUUUUUCAUAUAAACACCAAAGUAGAAUCUGUCAUCUAGUCACAAGCAUACUUCUGUGUAUAAACAAUUGACCAUAGUUUUUCUGUCACAUCUUUGCACUGGUGAUGCAGGUAGAAUUUUUAGAAGCAUCUAACUAAGUUACUUAAGUAAUUGAAACCCAGACUGACAAACUGGGGGUGUUUUUGUGUGUGUGUGUUGUUUUUUUUUUUUUUCUUUUGGUGGAAAGACUGCCCCACUUAUAAGCCUGUGGGAUCAUGUAAUCUAGUUAGAGUAGUCCUUCAUAUUUUCUAUUAUAUUGGUGCAAUUUUGAGUCAAUGGGGAAGUUUCACCGUUCUGGUGAUUAAGAAAGGUGGAUGUUUUCAGGCGAAAGAAGAGUACUGAAUUCAGAUUUCGCACUACUGAUAAAGUGUUUACACCUUAAUCCACUUCACUGAAGAAGCUGGACUAGCUCCAACUGUGCUGUCUCUUUGAAGGAUUUUUUUUUUUUUCCUUCCACAGGUGCAUAGAAAGAAACUGAGAAUUUGAGGUCUAUACAAGACUGGAUUCAUGGUGUCCAGCUGGAGAGGUCUUCUAUUAUAGAAUGGGAAAGAUGAAGCAGCUCAGAGUAGAACCUGAUAAAUACCAAAAUGAAAUAAAAGAAUUCAUGGCAGGGAAUACAUGGAGGGACGAGGGAGAAUGGAAACAUGGCACACAUACAUUUUAGUGGUAGUCUUAACAUGUAAUCUACAAAAUUCACCUACAAUAAGAUUUCAUUAUGCAAUUUCACUGAUUACUAUUUCUCUAUAAAUUAUUCAGAUGUUUCUGCACAGUAAUUCAAGGACACCUCACCUGUGUGUUGAAACGGGAAGUGGGCAUUUCUUUGACAUACAUAAGCAGUCAUCUAACCCUAAGAGGAAAGAGAGUUAAAUCACCGCCAGUUCUCAACAUUUCCCAUUACCUAAUAUUUUUGUAGCUUAAGAUCAGCUUUCCAGCAAUUGAUAAUCCCAUUUUCAGCUACGUGCUCCCAGAUGUCCCAUUGCAGCUUAAGUGCUUAGUGCAGCGUGGUAGAUUUUGCUAGGGAAACCAGACAUAUAGGAACUGGGUGCUUUAAAAAUCUACCCUGUGGGUGUAGCUUACUGACUUUUCUCAGAAGUUUACUCAGAAUUUCUGUUCAGCUGUAUAGGAGCGCUCAAACAUUUUUAAAACCGCAAAAACUGUGCUUUAAACACACAUCGAAAUGGAGGGUUUUUUUUGCUUUUUUGUACUGAUUUAUUUAAUUUUUUCUACAUACCUUUAAAAGUAUCUAUAAAUUGAAUACAACAAGAAAGUAAAGGGAAAUAAUUGUUUUCAGAAAAC